ACCGAAUCAAAGAGAGAAAGAGUGAGAAAGCCAACAGAAACGUAAGAUGACUGUCUGAAUCAAGAUGGAUCCAACCAAACCCAGGUAGCUAAUUUUACUUUAAUUUAUUACCAUAUGAGUAGACUUGUGAAGACACUAUCUUUGACUAUUACCCUCAAUCAAUGCCUUGACAAUCUAAAGUUUCUUCUUUGUAUAAUAAUCAGUAUACUUCUACUGUGUUGUAAUGUGUUAGUUUAUGCUGUGUGUUGAUUUGAGGUUCCCCUCAGAACCAACACAGACCAACAUGGCUGAUGUGUGUUGGCCUGGUGUCAACCCAAAUAGACGAUUUGUGUUUCAAUGAUACUUGAAGUCACCAGUAUUAAUGGAUUUUUACUAGUGAGAUGUAGUGAAUGUAAACAGGUGGUUAACGUAAAUCACUGAUGUCAUGGAGCAGGUGUUUUGAUGUUCGGCACAGUGGCGUGGAUUGUGUGUGUGUGUGUGUGUGUGUGUGAGAGAGAGACUAUUUAUGCUCUCUGAAAGUAUGCAGUGUGUGCAUUAUUCACUGCUUUUAAGAUCGGGGUUUCCCAAAGUCGGUCCUGGGCCCCCCCUGGAUGCACGUUUUGGUUUUUGCCCUAGUACUACAAAACUGAUGAUGAGUUGGUUAUUUGAAUCAGCUGUAUUGUGCUAGGGCAAAAACCAAAACGUGCACCCAGGGAGGGCCCCAGGACUGAGUUUGGGAAGCCCUGCUCUAGGUUACUGUAUGUUGAUUUCUUUGGUGUGAUGGAUGUAUGGCUGGGAACAAAAUGUGCAUUUUUGCUGUGUAACCCAAAGCCCUUGGAGGACAUACUGUAGUUGGUGUAUUUGAGUGAGGGUCAGAUAUGUGUGAAUUUGUGUAAGGUGAAGUUGUUUUUGAGGUUUCACCUUCAUCACACUGUAACUAAAGCUGAGAGCCCUGUGUGACUCUACCCGUGUCAGAUUGUCUAGUGUUCUUCACAUUGUCUCACUUAUGUUAUUCCUGUUAUCUCUGUUAUCACGGCCGGUUGUGAUACAGGCUGGAAUCGAACCAGGGGGUCUGUAGUGACGCCUCAAGCACUGAGAUGCAGUGCCUUAGACCACUGCGCCACUCGGGAGCCCAGGUUGACUGAGGCAGAAAGGGGGGGUGGGGGGGGGUUGAGAGGUUGAAGAGGUAGUUGAGGGGAGGUUAUUAAAAGUUAGAGCAAGGUAUGAAAACAUCACUAUGUGUCUGAUAAAUGUAUAUACCCCAGUGGUGGCAGUUAAGAGGGUAUGUUUUUUAGAGACAUUAUCAAAUACCAUUGAGAAAUGUAAUAAUGAAGAUGAUUUAUUUAUUGCUGGGGAUUUUAACUGCACAGUCAGUGAUUUAGAUAUAAAUCACAAAGAACCUCAUAUAGCCUCAAGGACUUUUUAAAAACACCUCAUUGUAACACAUGUACCGUGUGAUAUUUGGCGGAGUCAACAUGGAGGCACGAGACAGUACACCUGGGCGCAUGUGAGAGAGAACAUCAUCUCUAUGGCCAGGUUAGAUAGGUUUUAUUGUUUUGAGCAUCAAGCUCAGGUCUGUAAAUCAAGUGUGAUAAUCCCAGUGGGAUUUUCUGAUCAUUGUUUAAUAACAGAGGUGGUGUUCAUUAAUGAUGUAAAACCCAAAAGCGCAUACUGGCAUUUUAAUAUAACUUUAUUGAGUGAUGCUCACUUCAGGAAAUGUUUUAGUUUUAUCUGGGAGAGGUGGAGGUCUCAAAAGGCCAGUUUUGUAUCCCUUCAACAGUGGUGGGAUAUAGGGAAUAUUCAUUUCAACAAUUCUGUAAUCAAUACACGAGGAAUGUCACCAAGGAUAUCACCAGAUCAAUGAAAGCCCUAGAGACUGAAAUAGUGGAACUCAUGACGUUGGUUGAGACCACAGGAGAUCGAGGCCAUACUCAGGCCCUCAAGAGGAAAAAAGCUGCAUUGGCAGACCUGCUAGGUAUCAGAGCACAGGGGGCAUUGGUGAGAAGUAAGUUUCAGGGAAUCUCUGAAAUGGAUGCCUCCUCAAACAUUUUCUUUGGUUUAGAGAAAAAGAAUGGACAGGAGCUCACUAACCCUAGUGAAAUUAGAAAGAUGGCAGUAGAGUUCUAUGCUGAGCUCUACAAGUGUGAGUACAAAGAGGAUAAAACAGUGACACAGCAGUUCCUUGAUGGGCUCCCACAGGUGGCUGCAGAAGCUCAGGUGGAGCUAGAGCAACCAUAUACACUGCAUUAAAAGGCAUGGAAAAUGGAAGGGCACCAGGCAUUGAUGGGCUUCCCGUGGACUUUUUAAAGUCUUUUUGGGCUAUGUUGGGAGAGGAUUGGCUAGCAGUAGUUAAUGAUAGUUUAACCGGAGGGUUACUACCAAUAAGCUGCAGAAGGGCUGUCCUCACCCUACUGCCCAAAAAGGGUGACCCUAGGGAGGUGAAGAACUGGAGGCCGGUGACUUUAUUGUGCACUGAUUAUAAGAUCCUGUCAAAAGCUUUGUCCAACAGGCUGAGGGAGGUGAUGGGGCAAAUCAUACAUACAGACCAUUCCUACUGUGUUCCUGGCAGGCAGAUGGGGGAUAACAUUUCUCUGAUUCGUGUUUUUUGGACGUCUCUAGGGCUAUUGGGUUGGAUGCUGGUCUAAUUUCAAUUGAUCAGGAAAAGGCAUUUGACCGAGUUGAACAUCAAUACUUAUGGCACACUUUUGAGGCGUUUGGGUUCAGCUCUUGCUAAUAGGGCUGCUGCUUUCCGGUUUCAGUUUAUUCAAAGGUUGCUUUAUGGACCGGAAAAUGUGGUUUGGAGAGGGUUGGCAGGUCUUGUUUUACAGCAGGUUGGGGGAUUAGGUUUAAAGAAGGCUUUAUUUUUGGUUGAUAGUAGCCAGAUUUCUAGGGAGGGAGUACCUCCGUUUUAUAGAGUCCUUCUUAGGGUGUGGAGCAUAAUGAAGGUGUCCAGACGAACUUCAGCGGAGUCAGUGCAUUGGCUGUUGGAGGAACCUCUGGUGUAUGGGGCAAGACUGGAUUGUACAACUGCAGCUGUUCCACAUUUCUCUGAGAUUCUGGUGAAGGGCAAAAUCAUCACCUUAAAACAGUUAAUGGCCAUGGCUGGGCCCGCUUUAAUGGAUGGAAGAUGGGUGGCUGAACAUUUGGGGGUGAGGUUGGAAAGGAUUGUCGGACAACUGCUGGGAAGCUGCAGGAAGGCUCUGUCAGCAGAAGAGUGGGGUAUGCUGAAUAGUCACAAGAUGAAAACGUCUCAUUUCCAAGACUAGGGAUUAUACCCAAUAUCCCAGAGUCAGAAAGAAAGGCGUUAUUACUGGAUUUGAGAGGGUUGGAAGAGGUGGGUUUGGAUGAGGUGAAUGGGAAAGACUUAUAUAAGGGGUGUGUCAAGGUGUUGAAUAAAGAUACAUUGAAAAAUAGAAAAGACACUCCAUGGAGGGUAAAAUUGGGCAUUGAUGACAAGGUAAAGCCAGCAUGGAGAGCACUGAACAAGCCACCGUUACAAAAGGGUACUGGGGAUAUGCAAUGGAGGGUUUUGCAUGGUAUCAUUGCAGUUAAUGCUUUUGUAUCUGUUAUUAACUCGGAUGUUGGAGAUGGAUGUCCUUUUUGUAAUAUAAGAGAAAAAAUGUUGUUUUAUGGAGUGUGAGAGGAUAAAACCUCUCUUGGAAAUGCUGGAGUCUGUUUAUAGCUGUAGGGGAGAUUUUCAUAUUUUGGGGUUUCAAUAUAGUAAGCAACAGAAAAGAAAAUGUCAACUGUUUCCUGAGUAGGAAACAUAAGAUAGAAAUGGGAUAUGGGCAGGAUGUAAGAUGUGUUUUUAAAGGAUUAGUGAAAGCGAGAAUAAAAGUGGAUUUUGAGUUAUUCUCGGCUGUAAAAGAUCUCCCAUUGUUUGAGGAGAAGUGGGCCUACGAAGGAGCGGUUUGUUUUGUGGAGGAGGGGAAACUAUUUUUUGUUGAUGAAAUGAGUUGAAUGUAUGUGUUUUCUUGUAUUUUUAUUUAAUUUAUUUUCAUUUUUAUUUUCAUUUUUUAUUUAGGAAUGACAUUUGUUGUUUCAUUUCUGAAAAGGCAGUGUGCCAUUAUUUAUGUUAACACUUGAGUAUAAAAUAAAGGUUUUAUACAAACUCAAAACUCUCUCUCUCUCUCUCUGUAAGCCCCAAGCAUUAGGCCAACACUGUGUUUAUGCUGAUUUAUCUCUUCAGCCUUUCCUCAAAAGCAGCAACCCCUUUCAACGAAGGAGGGGGAAGUGAUGUGACUCAGCCAGAGGAAACAGUGGAGCAGCAGAGGAAUGGAGGAGAGGGGGAGAGGGAGAUGGAGAGAGAGGUGGUGACAGAUGGAGAAACUCUGGCUGCAGAGACAGCUACCAACCACAGGGUGUCAGCAGACAAACACAGAUUAAAUACUGUGGGAUACCAGGUGAGGGCUAUGAACUUCAGCUUCUAUUUGUAGAUGCAGGAGGACCAGUUCGAAAUCAACCCUAAACUUGAGCCCCCCAUGACACUUAAUCUACAUCCUGAAGCCAAAUGGUAGAAACUUCACCCAGCCUACCAGAAGGCUAUGUGGACUUCCUAAUAUUCAGGCUACCACAGCAGACACAUACUGUAUAUUGACAUUAUUCUCUGUCAUUUUCAGAGGAAGCUGAAGCAGAAAGUGGUGGCAGACUAUAGCACGGUGAGUAAGGGAGCGUCUGGAAGUUUCAAACCCCGAGCAGCACUGAGACAGGUCCUGUUCAGCCAGGGAGCGACAGAAAAGAGCCCCAUGCCUGAGGUACUUUUCUCCCACGCACUUAACUCGUCCUCUACACACAUGAAUACACCCUGACACGCACAUGCACAGACAUGCACUGCCACUGCCCACAUACUUACUGAAAAUAGGAAUUCCGCAAAUGCACACUCAAAUUGUUCACUCAAGCAUAUCUGCUAUGGGCCCAUUUCUAAACGAAAUUUGAUGAUAACUCUGGUGGAAUAUAUAUAUAUAUAUAUAUAUAUAUAUAUAUAUAUAUGUAUAUAUAUAUAUAUAUAUAUAUAUAUAAUAUAUAUGUAUGUGUGUAUAUAUAUAUAUAAUAUAUGUAUGUGUGUGUAUAUAUAUAUAUAUAUAAUAUAUAUAUAUACACACAUACAUAUAUAUAUAUAUAUGUAUAUAUAUGUAUAUAAGUGGAAAAAGUAUUUAUCAGCACCAAUUGUGCAGUUCUCCCACUUAAAAAGAUGAGAGCCUGUAAUUUUCGUAUGUACACGUCAACUAUCCAGACAAAUGAAAUAGAAUCGAAUAAUUGUAGGUUUAUAUGAAUUUAUUUGCAAUUAUGUGUGGAAAAAUAAACGUAUUGGUCACUACAAUCAAGCAAGUUUGGCCUCACAACCUUACUUCUUCUUAAGAGGACUUUUCCUCACUCUUACCUGUUAAUGGCACUGUUUGACUUGUCUACAGUAUAAAAGAACCGCCAACCUCAAACAUCAACUCCAACUCCACUAUGGCAAGACCAAAGAGCUGUCAAGGAACCAGAACAAAAUUGUAGACGCACCAGCUGGAAGACUAAUCUGCAAUAGUAAGAGCUUGUUUGAAAAUCAACUGUGGAGCAUUAUAGGAAAUGGAAGACAUACAACCUUGAAUUCUCCCGAUCGGAUCACGCAGAUUCAACCGUGGGUCAAAUGAUCACAAGAACGGUGAGCAAAAAUCCCAGAACCACACGGGGGGACCUAGUGAAUGACCUGCAGAGAGCUGGGACCAAAGUAACAAAGCCUACCAUCAGUAACACACUACGCCGCCAGGGACUCAAAUCCUGCAGUGCCAGACGUGUCCCCCCUGCUUAAGCCAGUACAUGUCCAGGCCCGUCUGAAGUUUGCUAGAGUGCAUUUGGAUGAUCCAGAAGAGGAUUGGGAGAAUGUCAUAUGGUCAGAUGAAACCAAAAUAGAACUUUUUGGUAAAAACUCAACUCGUCGUGUUUGGAGGACAAAGAAUGCUGAGUUGCAUCCAAACAACACCAUACCUACUGUGAAGCAUGGGGGUGGAAACAUCAUGCUUUGGGGCUGUUUUUCUGCAAAGGGACCAGGACGACUGAUCCGUGUAAAGGAAAGAAUGAAUGGGGCCAUGUAUCGUGAGAUUUUGAGUGAAAACCUCCUUCCAUCAGCAAGGGCAUUGAAGAUGAAACGUGGCUGGGUCUUUCAGCAUGACAAUGAUCCCAAACACACCGCCCGGGCAACGACGGGUUGGACCAAAACAUCUCAAGGUCUGGUGGCACAUCCCAGACCACCAUAGGAAAAUUUGGGCCAGUUGAGCGUGUUUUUGCCCAAGACAGUCCUCAUACUAUUGGUCCUUUAGAGUGAGUAUCUGCAGAGGAAUGCCAAACCAGAACGGUGUGAUAAACAUGUCACCUACGAAAACGUUGAUGUGUCAUUGCAAAAUGGAAUACAAGUGAUUGAAACUUGUAUGAAGCAUUAUUUGGGCUCCAAUAUGGCUUGCAAUUAAGAACUUAAAAAUCUCAGCAAAGUAUCUCUGGAUUUCCAUUUUGUCUGCAUGGACGGUACCAUCGUGAAAGACCAGCUCUUCAUCUAGUGGGAGAACUGCACAAUGGUGCUGACUAAAACUUUUUGUUCUGUAUUGACACUUAUGUUAAAGUAAUGAUGUACUGUAUUGAUUGAUAUAUAUUUCUGAGUAUGUAUGUUUAUCUUAUCAAUAUAUGGGGUGUGUGGUAAUACUAUAAAUACAGUACCAGUCAAAAGUUUGGACACACCUACUCAUUCAAGGAUUUUUCUUUAUUUUGACUAUUCUCUACAUUGUAUAAUAAUAGUGAAGACAUCAAAACUAUGAAAUAACACAUAUGGAAUCAUGUAGUAACCAAAAAAGUGUUAAACAAAUCAAAAUAUAUUUUAUAUUUGAGAUUCUUCAAAUGGCACACUUGUGCCUUGAUGACAGCUUUGCACACUCUUGGCAUUCUCUCAACCAGCUUCAACUGGAAUGCUUUUCCAACAGUCUUGAAGGAGUUCCCACAUAUGCUGAGCACUUGUUGGCUGCUUUUCCUUCACUCUGCCAUCCGACUCAUCCCAAACCAUGUCAAUUGGGUUGAGGUCGGGGGAUUGUGGAGGCCAGGUCAUCUGAUGCAGCACUCCAUCACUCUCCUUCUUGGUAAAAUAGCCCUUACACAGCCUGGAGGUGUGUUGGGUCAUUGUCCUGUUGAAAAACAAAUGAUAGUCCCACUAAGCCUAAACCAGAUGGGAUGGAGUAUCGCUGCAGAAUGCUGUGGUAGCCAUGCUGGUUAAGUGUGCCUUGAAUUCUAAAUAAAUCACAGACAGUGUCACCAGCAAAGCACCCCCACAACAUAACACCUCCUGCUCCAUGCUUUACGGUGGGAACUAGACAUGUGGCGAUCAUCUAUUCACCCACACCGCGUCUCACAAAGACACGACGGUUGGAACCAAAAAUCUCCAAUUUGGACUCCAGACCAAAGGACAAAUUUCCAUUGCGCGUGUUUCUUGGCCCAAGCAGGUCUCUUCUUCUUAUUGGUGUCCUUUAGUCGUGGUUUCUUUGCAGCAAUUCGACCAUGAAGGCCUGAUUCACACAGUCCCCUCUGAACAGUUGAUGUUGAGAUGUGUCUGUGACUUGAACUCUGUGAAGCAUUUAUUUGGGCUGCAAUUUCUGAGGCUUGUAACUCUAAUGAACUUGUCCUCUGCAGCAAAGGUAGCUCUGGGUCUUCCAUUUCUGUGGCGGUCCUCGUGAGAGCCAGUUUCAUCAUAGCGCUUGAUGGUUUUUGCGAUUGCACUUGAAGAAACUUUAAAAGUUCUUGAAAUGUUCUGUAUUGACUGACCUUCAUGUCUGAAAGUAAUGAUGGACUGUCGUUUCUCUUUGGUUAUUUGAGCUGUUCUUGCCAUAAUAUGGACUUGGUCUUUUACCAAAUAGGGCUAUCUACCUUGUCACAACACAACUGAUUGGCUCAAACGCAUUAAGAAGGAAAGAAAUUCCACAAAUUAACUUUUAACAAGGCCCACCUGUUAAUUUAAAUGCGUUCCAGGUGACUUCCUCGUGAAGCUGGUUGAGAGAAUGCCAAGAGUGUGCAAAGCUGUCAUCAAGGCAAAGGGUGGCUACUUUGAAGAAUAUCAAAUAGCAUAUAUAUUUUGAUGUUUUUAACACUUUUUUGGUUACUACAUGAUUCCAUGUGUUAUUUCAUAGUUUUGAUGUCUUCACUAUUAUUCUACAAUGUAGAAAAUAGUAAAAAUAAAGAAAAACCCUGGAAUGAGUAGGUGUCCAAACCUUUGACUGGGACUGUAUGUGUGUGUGUGUGUGUAUAUAUAUAUCUCUAUUGCUCUCUCUCCCUCUCUCACACACUCCCUCUCCCUCUCUCUCUUUCUCUCUGUCAGGGCUCAGGGCAGUUGGAUGCUCUGAAGCAGGCUCUGGAGGCAUUCCCAGUACCAGUGUGUCUGAACUGGAGCUGGGGGGAGGAGGGGACAGGAGCCACACUGGAGAACAACUGGACUGACAUAGUACACAAUCACUCGGUAACCAGAUUUACCUACUGAUAAAUGCAAGUCAUGGGCAUAUAAUCUAGUUAAUAUGAAUGAUCCCUCCCUACCUUUUACAACAUAUCUCUUUCUCCCACCCCCUCUCUCCCUUCCUUCCUUCCUUCCUCUCUCUCUCUCUCUCUCUCCCCCCCCCCCCUACCUUUCUCUGAUCAGAUUAUGUGUAAGACCCAGAGGCACCAACAGGAGGCGCUGUGGGAGUUGGUCCACACUGAGCUCACCUACAUCAACAAGCUCACUAUUGUCACUGACGUAAGACAGACAGACAGACAGACAGACAGACAGACAGACAGACAGACAGACACCCUGCUCUCAUUACUCUCAUUACUGCAAACUUAUCAAUGUCUUUCAGUGAUGUGUCCAUAACAACCAGUGGCUAUUCAUAAUAGAAAUAUGAUAAGAGUAACUGUUAUCUGUAUAGCAUAUUUUAUUGCAAUUUCAUUUUUCAAUGCCCGUGUUUGUUUCUGUCAUUGUGUUUCUCAGUUGGUGGUUGGAGCUCUAACCAACCUGCACCAGCAUGGAUUCCUCUUAGAGGUCAGUCUAAAUUGAGCUGGGUUCUCAUUCACUGGGUUUUCUGUUGGUAACAUUUUCUCUAGAACUCCCUCUCUUGCUGCUCUUUGGGCCUUUCUGUGUAUGCCGGCUGACCACUCAAAUAGAUGUGUUGCAAUGAACUAAGAAUGUGCUUUUGAGCUGGAUCUUGCAUGAUCUGACUGGGAUCAGGUGUGUGUGUUUUUAUGAAUGACUUUGACCUUUGGUUGAAUUGAAAACCAGUAUACCAUUCAAGGAGAGGCCCUUGGGCCUAGUUGAAACCGACUGCUGUAGUACAACAUACUGUACAUACAUACUGUACAUAUUGUACAUACAUACUGUACAUACUGCUGAGCUGACAUACUAACACACUGAGAACAUCUGCUCUAACUGACACAGAACACACCAGUGCAGAUGGAACAUUCAGCUCAAUAACAGAAUGUUAGGUAAUGUGGAAAGUAUCUGAGAAUGUGGGGGUGUGAGUUCUGCAGAGUUCUACAGCUAGACACUGCAGCUUUAUCAAACAAUUACCCCCUUAAUCUUUUUUUAUUAAAUACAAAAAUGUCUACAGCUAUCAUAUAUUUGUAUUGACUUUAGACACACACAAACUUCAACACAAAAUGACACUGACACUUCCAACAAAUCCUAGAGGUGUGGGGUAGAUUCUAGGUUCAAAAUCAAGAAAGCAGUAUCAUUACCCUCUUUUUCCUUUCCCUCUCUUCCGCAGGUGACACCUGAGCAGCUCUUCUCCAACCUUCCCUCCAUCCUCAGCGCCCACCGGCUCUUCUGGCAGGAAGUGAUGUAUCCCAUGUUACAGGAAGUCCGCAGGACAGGGAAGCCCUUUGACCCCCUGGGGUUAGAGGCGGGAUGCCUACAGGUACAGUGCUGACUGUCAAUCAGAUCUAGUAGGCUCGUAUCAGGGUCACGUAUGGGAUGAAAAGUAUAAGGGUCAGACGGGGGUGAAAGGAAGGAAUAGAAACACGGGUCAUGGGUUUAAAACAUGUUUGUUUACAGCAAUCCUUGUCUAAUCCCAUCCCCACCCUCUGUCUGUAGUUCCCUGAGCGUUUCUCCACCUAUCUGCAUUACUGUUGGAAGGAGGAGCGCACAGUGGAGUUUACAAGCACACAGAUAGACACCAACCUGCACUUCCACACCUACUUAAUGGUGAGUUAAACACACACACGCACACACACACACAAACACACAUUUUUUAUACUUUAUUUGAAUCCACAAAUCAAAAUUCAUACAUUUCAGGACAGGGAUAUCUGGACACAUUUACAUUUUACAUUUACGUCAUUUAGCAGACGCUCUUAUCCAGAGCGACUUCACCUUUGGAAACAGAUAGCACCUUCUUCUCCACACAGCAAGGCUGCCCAUGACUGCUGACACAGAGCAGUACCUCGCUAUCAGCUUUGUCUUAUGUAGGCCUGCUAUCUGAAGGCCAGGUACUGUCAUGUCAGCCUGUGAACAUGGCAGAAGCUUCCCAAUAUCACCACAGCAAGCAUGCACUGAUACGAGGCUGUUCAGGCGUGACACGAGGGGCUGUUAUUUAAGCAGCUUAUCAGAAAAGGACUGCUCCAUGUAGCAGUCAAAUGAGCAGCCCACCUCCAAAAUCAGCACCUCCCUCUGACCUCCCCCACAAAAACAAUAUCUGGCUUAUUCGGCAUACAAGAAAAACACAUUAUCAUCAACAUAAAACCAGGCUUCUCUGACAAGAGAAUGUUUGUGUAUGUGUUCGGUUGGUGAGUCCACCUGUCUCAUCUCCGUAGCUACCAGGUCAACAAGGCAGUCAUGUCUAGUAAUUUACUAGUCUCAGUAUGAACGGAAACCAAUAACAUGUGCAACAGACUCCUUUACAUUUACCUCAGGGUGUAAAACACAGAAGGGAUCAUGGUUUGCAGGGUACCAGAGAGCUAGGUUGUAUUUUUGUGGGUAGAACUCGCCUUAACAGUAAAGGUGAGAAUGUCCUUGCCAAUAGCAGCAUUAUGGUACAUGGAAUGGGAGACAGAAACACACACACACACCGCUUCAUACACAAGCCCACUUCUUGUUUACAUGGCAUGCACACCCUAUCACUCUCCCCCUAAAGUCACUCUGCAUCACACACACGGUUCUCCAAACUGCCCUUCAUUACGGUAACACAGUCUGGAACAUCAGUGUACUGAGUCAUAGCAGCCGCAGAACUUCUUCUGUUAUUGAUCAUGCUCUAGUGGUUUUGGCUAUCACCAUAUCCAGGCAUUCUGUUAUUGGUAAUAUCCUGAAGGCCAAACACUUGUUACAUCAACACCCUGUCCUAAUGACUCAGAGAGCCUAGCCUGCACAUUGUCAAUUUAAAGAUUAGAACAUGUCUUUGGCUGUUUUUUUAGGUCUAAGCACUUUUACGGCUUGUUCAAAGAAUCUCCAUUAUGAGUUUUGCAAGCCUUUGAAUUUGUCCAGUACUAUGUAACAAUAUUUUUUCAUACACAAUACUGUAUUAACAUGAGUUAUACCAAUGCCAUAACUUUGGGUAUAAUGUCUAGAGACUCUAGUAGAAGACACAAAUGAAUGUUUUUCUCCGUGUGUCCAUAGUGGGUGGAGACACACCCCCAGUGUGAGCGGAUGCGUCUGGGAGACAUGCAGGCCAAACCCAUCCAGAGGAUCACCAAGUACCCCCUGCUGCUGAAGGCUGUCCUCAAGACCACCCAGGCUCCCCACACACAGCACACACUCAGGGGCAUGGUAAGUGAAGAGCUAGCCUUUUAAAUCAAUGCCUUUUAAUUCAGUUUGCCAGACCUGAGGCUGUUCAUGUUCAUUAGAAAAGGACAGUUGUGUGUUCCAGCGCCAUUUUCUUGCUAACUGAUUGCUAAUUGCCUCUACUAGUAAUAGACGAAAAGGCAAAUUAAGGGAAAUCUCUCUGUCUCACACACACAUACUCUCUCCCUCUCUCUGUUUCUCUCUCUCUCUCACUCACUCACUCUCUCUUUUCUUUCUCAAUCUCUCUUUCUAUCUCUCCCUAUCCCUCUCCCCCUUCUCUCCUCCAGUUGGCCUGUGUUAAUGGGUUUCUGGACAGCAUCAAUGACAACUUGAGGCUUAAGGAUGAGGAGCUGGCCCUCUCUCUCUCCGCCCAGAAGAUAGAGGGAUACGACAUAAUAGAGGGGAUGAACGAGGAAAUCGACAAGGUGAAAGAGAGAGGAAAAAGCUUUCUAGGAACAGAGUACAGGAUAGGAAACUAUACCAACCUUAAAAAAUGAUAUAGAUACUGUAAUGUGUGAUGCAGACAGUGAGUAUUCAAUGUUGAUGUCAUCCACAGCAUGUCAGAGAGUUCUGCAGUUUUGAUUUGACGUGUCCCGUCAGAGGGGUGGGUCCUGGGGUCAUACGCAAGCUGCUACUGGAGGAGACCCUGAAGAUCAGAGGAAGGAAGGAUCACAAGGUACGUUGAGUGACAGAAUCUCUUAUUAACUGUGUUCCCAUGAAAAGUUGACUUCCAUGUAGAGGAUUCUUCCCAAUAUUAUCAUCUCAUUAGCACAGACUUUGAUGAUAACUACUUUAUUGAGGAAAAAUGUGCUUACUAAGACUGUGAUAUGUGGUUGUCUCACCUAGCUAUCUUAAGAUGAAUGCACUAACUGUAAGUUGCUUUGGAUAAGAGCAUCUGCUAAAUGGCUAAAAUGUAAAAUAUAGAUGUCAUGUUUCUGUGGGCUUGUUGCGACUGUUGUGUGGUGAAGUUGGAGGUGAUAGCCCUGCUCUUCUCUGACGUGCUGCUGGUGACCAAGGUCCAGAAGAAGGCAGAGAGACUGAAGGUAGUGCGCCCCCCACUGGCCCUGGACAGAACUUGCUGUGUCGCACUCAAAGAUGGCUGUGAGUACAGUCAUUGACCAUACAGUACAUAUCCUAUAAGUGGAAAGAUGAAACGUUGCUCUGUCACUUGCUACAGAGACCGGUUGUAGAGUUUUAAAUGACGGUUCUCUCUUCUUUAUCUCUCCCUUGCUCUCUCCCUCUCUUCCUCCCUCUUCUCUCCAUCUCCCAGGUUCGUUUGUGGUGGUAGAGGUGAGUGUUCUGGGCUGUGCGGCGAAUGUCUACACCUUCUCCACGUCCAGCCCAGAGAGUUGCUCUACAUGGGUCUUCACCAUCCACGAGGCACAGGUAAACAGACAGAAAAUACAUUCUGCUACUUGCAGGGUAUUGACUGAAAUGGUAAUGACAUGAUUUAUUGUAGUUACCUUUUGGUCUCUUUGGUAUUCAACAAGGCACUGAAAUAAUCAAUGAAUUAAUGAUUAGAUGUACAAUGUACAUUAUGGUUAACAUACAGGGAUAUCGAUGCUGUCGAUGCUCUCCUCUUAUCCCUCUUUCUUUCUUCCAUUCAUUGACAGGAAACACUGCAGGGCCUGAGAGAGACAGAGGCCAUCAGACGACUGCAGACCAAACAGAGAGACCUACAGCUACAGGAACAGGCCACACCCCCUACAGAGCCCAAGAUGACCAAUGAGGAAUCAGUAGAUCAGCCUCCUGACCAAUCAGAAGCAGAGAUCACUUCCUCUUUGGAGGUGAAACCUGUUGAGGAACUCCUCAUCCAAUCAGUGAAUGGGACAUUGGUGUCCAUAGCAACGGAGGUGCAACAACAAACUCAGGAACCAGUGGACUAUAAAGAUGCAAUGUUGCCGGGACAACCACGCAAGCUCAGUGACAUUCAUAACCAAUCAUUCGAAGGCGGGCUAAUGAAAAAGGGACAAGGAGGUGGCAGGGUCAUGGAUGGGGUUAUGAUGUCAGAGGCAGGGGUGAGAGAGGUCGGAGACAUCAACCAAUGGGAGGAGGGGAUUGAGUCCAGGGGGAUUAAAGAACGAAGGGUGACCUGGACCCAUUCCAGACAGUCUAACUCUCUACCCCGAGAGGCAACAGAAACCUUCCAACCUCAAUCCCAAACCCAAGGGGCCACACAACCUGUUGCUAGGCGGAUAUCCUGACAUCGACUACGACAUAGACUACCCACGACACCAAUCCAGCACUUUCCCAAUUUCUCCAUGCAGGGGAAACAAUCCAAAAGUUUCUAUCACCAUUAGUCAGAUGGAAUCCCAUGGAUUUCUCUCACAGGGAGGACGAGCCACAUCCACACGGAGGAAUUCUGCCCCCCAGUCAGUGGAGCAGGGAGCCAGGAGAAACUUGUGGCUCACCCAAUCAGGAGAGGAGGAGGCUUUAGCGGAAUCAUGGAGGUUUUCUCGGAAGUUGAAUUCGCCACGGUUACGCAGGAGAAGGCCAAUAAACACUGAGCAGACUGCUGCCCCUCAGAUGUCACAAAGUGGGUCUGACAGCUCCGGGAUGACCCAGUCUGCGCCACACACAAACUCUUCCUCCAACUCUGACUCAGACUGCAACCAGAAACUCAGAGGUUCCUACCAACACAACUCAGGUUCCUCCGAACAGAGCUCUGACUCUCACCUUGUGCUCAAGCUGGGGUCCUUGAAGAUUAACGGAGGGGUGUUCUGGGACAUGCCUGCAGAGAGCGAGUUCUCCCCAGAGCCCCACGCUUUCUCUGAGCCAGAGCUGCCCAAAGACAUCCCUAAAGAAAAAGAAAACACCCCAAAAAGGCCCAAGUUGAGGACACAGAGGAGCACGUCCAUGCCCGAUAUCAUCCUCCAAGAAGGGCAUAGUUCUCUUCUGACCUCAACCAAGCCCUCCAACGUGCGAAUAGCCCCCUCUCCCCCUCCUGGGUUGGAUCCAUACUUACACCCCUCCCCUCUGGAGGGCAUUUUGAACCGGGCCAAUGAGAGAAGGAAGGACAGAGGGAAAAGAGAGGAAAAGGGGAAAUCUCCAACCUUCAGAACAUGGGAUCUUCCUCCUUCUCCGUCUUUCUCCAGCACUCCGUCCCAGUCGCCCAGUGAAGGGGAUAGAGAGACUGAGUGGGAAGAGGUGGAGCUGGUCAGACGUCGGGCCCCCAGUGUCAGUCAGGGAUGGAUAGAGGAGAGGGUGGAGGGAGAUGAGGAGGAGGAGAAGAGCAGGUGAGUUUUACAUCAAAACUCAGUUAGAAAUAAAAGAAAAAAAACGUUUUCAAAGUAUGCGUGAUCAGUUUGAAGAUUCAUCUAUUGAAAUGACUCAAUCAGAUAGGUGUGGGUGGCUGAUGGCCAGUGUGUUCUGUUACUAUGGAACAGUUUCAUUCUGGGUUAUUUUAUCACUCUACCUACUGGGCUGAUUACCAAGUAGUGUAGGAUCACUCUAUGUUCAAAUUGUUAUUCUUGCAAGUUGCAUUUACUGUCAUAACCAUGACAUGCCACGCAUAAACAUCUUACAUGUCAUGACAACCAUGUCAUCAUAACCAAUCUAGCCUGAUCACCAGAUUGGUUUCCACUUUAGCCAACUACUUUGUUAAUGUUAUGCCAAACAUUCCAGUGAACAACAAGGAAGUAGACUGAAGCAGAAACAAAUCUGGUGACUAAACUAUUUGCAAUCCAACAAGUUUAUAUCCAUUGUAAAAGCUUUUUUUCCCCUCUCUCUUCUAGCUCCGCCUUCCCUGAUGGCGCCACCGUUGAUUGGCCAGGCUGGUGCUUUGACGCCAAUGAGGUCCUCGAUCAGCUGACCCCAGAGGACAGUGGCGUUGGGGUUGAUGAGGAGUGGUGGGAAGCGACUGAGGUGGGGCUCAGCCAAACUUUGACCUUGAGAGACUUUCAGCGAAUCGACACGCAGGAGGACGGGAUUAUUAGUCAGGUGUAGUUCUGCAUAGGCUACAGUGAGCCCUUCAUUCUCCAAGCCUUUAUCUGCACUUUAUGGGGAAUUAUAUGUAAUUUGAGAUUUUCAUUAUGUCGGUGUAGACAUAUAACAACAAUGUGAUCCACAGCAAGAUGUUGAUUGAGUGAGCUGAUUGCCACCAAAUGUUGUUUGAUAGAGAUGCAGACAUUUCAGUUUGUUGCAUGGAAUGUUUGAGUGAUUUUGAGUUUGUGAUUAUGAGUCUGAGUGAACAGCAGAAUAAUUGUCUUCAACCUGCAUAAUUCCUACAUAAUGUUGUUAGCACUACAGAUGUAGGAUCUUAAUUU